GGUGACAGUUUUGCCAAGCAAACCAGUCACCUGUCAGUCAUCUUAAUGAUAUGACAAGAUGAAACCGGCCGGUAGUCGACCCGCCGGCAGACGGAACACCGUGCAAUAUCUUCAAACUGGAGGUGUCACAGACCCGUCCGAACCUGUGGAGGAUGAGAGAGAUUUUGUCAGUCCACACAUCGAACUGCUGCCCUUUGUCAGGUUGCAUGCGUCUCAUCCGGAGUCGAAAGGUACUCCCGGAGCCUUAGUCGAAGCUCAGAUGCUGGAAAUCAUGGAGCUUAGUGGGCGACCCGAGAGCAAUAAGAAGUUCCGCCUGGCCGUGCGGGGCCACAGCCUGCUGGUCUUGGACGACUCGGGCAGCCGCAUCGCGCUGACGGAAGCGGAGCUGCUGGGUCUGGAAAUCAUCGCCAAAGCGGGGAGCGAGGGGAUCCCACCCAUGAUUGGCUUAAAGGUGGUACAGCCACAGGACCCUCCGGCGGUGAAACCUCCCGAAAAAGCUCCGCCUGCGAGCUCUCCGGCCUCUGAACUCCACAAGGCUCGGAAGGUGGUGCCGCCUCCGGACAUGGCCUGGCUCAUGGUGGCGGAAGGUGGCGAGGAGUGUCUUCAUCGAGCAGCUUUGACCCUGGCGGGUGCCGGAGCAUUGCGAAGCGAUUUUGAAGCUGCCUACCACAUGGAGGAUGGUGUGGUAGGUGCUGGCGCUUUUGGCAGUGUCCAUCGGGCAAGAGCCAAAAAUUCCAAGGGUGAGAAGGAGAGAAGUGGAGAGCCAUUGGUGGUGAAGUGCGUCGAUCCAGAAGGUUUCCACGACCCUUCCAAGGGCCCUGUGAGAGAAGCGAUUCCAAAGCUUUUGCGAUCGGAGAUGGCCUUCAUGCUGACAGCCAAAGGGCAUCCUCACAUUUUGGCGCUGCACGCAGUUUUCCGUCUGCCAACACAUCAGUGGGUCCUAGUGAUGGAUUUUUGUGCCGGUGGUGAUGCCUUUGCUCACAUUGCGAAGACUGGAGUGCAGACAGAGGCCAGCUGUAAAAUCCUGAUCGAUGGCUUGCUCAGUGCCUUGAGUCAUUUGGCGGGCUUGCGAAUCCUGCACCGCGACGUGAAACCCGAGAACCUGCUGCUGCAAACAGGUGGCCGUCCUGUUCUCUGCGACUUUGGCCUAGCUUGCCAUGAAACUGAUGUAGAGGAGACCAAACGGCGUGUGGGUUCUCCAGGAUACAUUGCCCCGGAGGUCUUGCAAUCAUCAGCCUGUAGCCACAAGGCGGAUGUUUUCGCAGCAGGAGGGACCUUGCACUUUGCGAUGACCGGCAGCGCCCCUUUUAUUGGGAAAGAUAUGGCGACAACGCUUCAUAAGACGAUGCAUGAGGAGGUCUACUAUGAGGGAGUUGACUCCGUUGGUGACCAGUGCAAGAAGUUCGCGCUUCUUCUCUUGUCCAAGACACCCGAGGAGCGUCCGUCUGCCCAACAGGCGUUACGGCACGGAUGGUUCGGGCGACGCGUGGAGGACGCGCACGUGAAGUCUGUGCCUUUGCCUGCCGGCCGUGCAGUCUCGAGUUCAGGAAAGCGCAAGGCUUCCACCGUGAAAAUGGAUAAAAGCGUCCUGGACGGCCCGGCCAUGGGGAAGACCAUGUCGCAAAAAUCGGAUGGCGCUCCACCAAAAUCUGCGACCAGCUUCAGAAAGGGGAGAGUGAUCCCCCGUAGUGCCGAUGACCGCAUGAGGUAGCAGGAUGACCAGCUGAGAUGGGUGUGGUGAGGUGUGUCCAGGUACGAUGGAAGUUUGGAUUUUCCAGCUCGCUUUGUCUCGGCCGAGCGAAAAGUGGUCUGCAAAAAGACUCAGCACGGUGAUUGCCGA